AUGAUGAAUAAUUCAACUGUUCAAUUACUCGAUUUGCCUGAUGAAAUGCUUAUUCAAAUAUUGAAUAAACUCAAUAAUGUCGAUGUACUCUACUCAGUUUUAGGUGUUAAUAAACGAUUGAAUCGAUUGGCAUGUGAUCCUAUAUUUACUAAUUAUCUCGAUUUGACAACAAAAAUAUCAAAGUAUGAUGAACGAUGUUCUAUGUCUAAUGUUAGACUUGAUCAAUUUUGUUCAUUUAUAUUACUUAAAAUUCAUCAUAAUAUUGAAUGUCUUGUUUUGGAAUCAUCAUCAAUGGAACGUAUUCUUCUUACUUGCGAUUAUCCUAAACUUAACAAAUUAAUUCUAUAUUCAAUCAAACCUGAACUUUUUCUAAACUAUUUAUCAAAUGAUUCAUCAAUCGCAUUUAUUUUUAAACAAAUUACACAUCUUGAAGUGAUUACUAUUGAAUAUGGUAACACAAAUUCACAAUUCAACUUAAAUAUGAAUGCAUAUGAAUGUCUUUUUUCUGUUUGUCAACGUUUAACUCAUUUGAAUAUUAAUGCAAAAUGUUAUCGUAGACAACAAUGUGCUUUUCCAUCAGCCAAUUGUUCAUCAUCAAUUCUAAUCGAAUUAGAUGUUAAUGUAGAUACUAUUGAUGACUGUUUACGUCUACUUGAUGGUCGUUUCAAUCAAAUGAAAAGUUUUAUCGUCAAAAUUGAUUCUAUUGAUGCUCCAUUAUUAAACAUUGAUAAUAAAAUUAAUCUACUUAAUCUGACAACGUUUUUUUUAAGUUGUAGUCAGCCAACCGAGGCAUAUGAUGAAGUCAUAUUGCCUCUGCUUCGACGCAUGACCAAUAUGGAGAAAUUGACUUUGGUUCUUUUCGUCGAAAAUCGACCAGAUUUUAUAGAUGGUGCUCAUCUCUAUAAAGAAAUACUUGUUUAUAUGCCACGAAGAAUUCACUUCAUGUUUAAUAUCAUAACAAUUAAUGAUCGUGUCGAUAUCAGUUACUGGCUCAAGGAGGAUGAUAUUCAAACUAGAUACAUUAUUGAUGAUGGUGAACCUUAUAUUUAUUGCUGUAUUGAUUAUUUUACAAAUGGUAUUGGUCGAUGUCGCAUAUCUACACUUCCAUGCAUUCAAUCGCAUCAUUAA